CCGCGCGGGCCCCGCGUGCGCGGCGCGUGAGCCGCUGCCGCGCGAGCCGGCGCUGCGCUCGGUGCUGCGGCACGUGCGGCUGGAGAACCUGGCGGCGGGAAUGAGCGGCGGCGUGCUGGCCACCCUGGCGCUGCACCCGCUGGACCUCGUCAAGAUCCGCUUCGCAGUAAGCGAUGGGUUGGAGCUGAGGCCAAAGUACAAUGGAAUUCUUCACUGUAUGAGCACAGUCUGGAAGCAUGAAGGGCUUCGAGGCUUGUACCAAGGGGUGACUCCAAACAUGGUGGGAGCAGGGGCCUCCUGGGGACUUUACUUCUUCUUUUACAAUGCCAUCAAAGCUUAUAAGAAGGAGGGGAAGAUGGAAAGUCUCAGUGCGAGCGAACACCUGGUGUCAGCUGCAGAGGCUGGAGCCAUGACCCUCUGCAUCACAAACCCAAUAUGGGUAACUAAGACUCGACUUGUGCUGCAGUAUAACGCUGGCGUGGAUCCAUCCAAGCGGCAGUACAGAGGAAUGUUUGAUGCUCUUAUAAAGAUAUACAAGACAGAGGGCAUACGUGGCUUAUAUAAGGGAUUUGUGCCUGGCCUGUUUGGAACAUCACAUGGAGCACUUCAGUUCAUGGCCUACGAGGAUUUGAAAGAGAGAUACAACAAGUAUAGAAACAGAGUAUCAGAUACAAAAUUGAACACUGUGGAAUACAUAAUGAUGGCAGCUGUAUCCAAAAUAUUUGCUGUGGUAGCAACAUAUCCCUAUCAAGUUGUGCGAGCUCGUCUUCAAGACCAGCAUAACACAUAUUCCGGGGUGUUGGACGUGAUCCGCAGGACGUGGAGGAAAGAAGGUGUUCAUGGAUUUUACAAAGGAAUUAUACCUAAUGUAAUCAGAGUGACUCCUGCCUGCUGUAUUACCUUUGUAGUUUAUGAAAAUGUGUCUGGCUUUUUACUUGGUUUUAGGAAAGAAAAUAAUUAAAGGAAAGAAUGUAGAGACAAUAAACCCUGCCAACAUCUCUCCUGCUGAAUGCUCCUGCAUUGCUGCCUUCCUCUCUGAGUCAGCUGUGCCUGCUUGAGGCAGAUGUCUGCAACUGUGAAAUAAGAGUGCUGUGACUGGGUGAAGGCAGCUGCACAGCAAUCCAUUCAUUCUGGCCUGCCUGGAAUAACCCACUAAGCAGUUUCAACAAGUCUCAAGAUAACAGUUGGUGAGAUUCUGCUCCUGCACAAGUGGAAAACUUCAUAUGAAAACAGCCUGGGGGCCUGUCAAAACUUUCACAAAUCUCUGAGUCUCAUUAAAACAAGGAAUGUCAUCUGAAUCCACCUCUGUGUUAUUCAUCAGAUUUUAGGAUAUGGAAUGCUCCAGACUCCAUUGUUCAUCCAACACAAAAAUGCUGCCUCAGUGGGGUGCAGUUUGGAAACUGAAAUUGUUUUUUUAAAACAGCUGUCCGUUCUUGGGUUUGAAUAAUUUCAAGUCUGGGGAAGCUCAGUUCUUGUCUCAUACCAGGCCAGACUUGCACUGUGGUUUUUGACUUGGGUUUAGCAGCAGACUGAUGUGCUAAAAGUGCAUGCAUUGCUGGCCACUUAAUUCAUUUUCUCUCUUUCAUUCUCUCUCCAUCUCCCUCUGUGCCAGAGUCUGUCUCCAUUAAUGAUACAGCUGACCAAAUAUUACUAACAAAAUGAAUAUUUGAAAGUGGGCUUACAUUUUAAAGAUGAGGAUUUUUUUCUAGUAAUCCCAUAGUGGUGCAGUGUUCAAGCCAGUGUAGUAACCAAUAGGACCACAUUUACUUUGUUAUAUUCUCUGGAAAAAAAAAGUGUUUCUAGUCUAAAACAAUCCUGUGCACAGGACUUUCUUAAAAAAAAAAAAAAAACAGAACAAUCUGUUAAUGUCUUCUGAUUUGGUUUAAGGAAAAGGUUGUUAAUAUAUUGAUUGCUAAUUUACUGAGAAAUUAAAUUCCCUUCUCAGUAAAUUUGUAUAAUAAUAAUUAUGAGUUUUUUCCACACCAAUAAUUGCCGUCAAGGAUAUGUACUUUUUAGAGUUCUGAGUUUGGUGGGUUUGGGUUUUUUACUUCUUUAAGAAAAGACAUUACUGACCCUAACAUCUGCCUCUUGCUGUUGGUAAGAAGAUAUUAAGUAUCUAGUAUAUAUAAUUUAACUAGGAAAUAAGUUAGCAAAGGCUAUCCAACAGUUAGGGAGAAAUCAUCAGUUUCCUAGGGAGCAGAAUAAUCACUUUGAGAAGUUUCCUGUUUACCAGACUAACCUAAAGCAGAAAGAACCAUUUUUAAUAAAUAUUUAACAGAGUAGGGACUUAGUUUAAAUUGUAACCUAAAAACUGGAAAGCUAUUUUGGAUCUUCUUUCUUGGAUCCACUUGCUUGUUUUUGUAGCUACUGUUGCCACAUACCACAUUUUGUGUAUAACUAAAUUUAUUAAUAAUUUACACUUUGUCUUCCACAAUCCCAUCUCCUCUACUGAUAGAGUUGAUAAUCUCAUUGGAAAGAAUAAUCUCAUCUGGGGCCAGCAUGGCUGGCUUUGGUUUUUAUUACGGAAGGUUCUGUGUGUAUUUAGCUGAAGAUAAAUUUACUGGAGUUUACCAUGUAAAUAAUGUAGAUCCAAACCAGCAGCCUCUGCCUUUGGAGGGUGCUUACUGGGCUUUGUGUGUUUUGUGGUACACAGAAUGAAUUUAAUGGAACACUGAGUUCACUCUACCACCCAGGGUCCAAAAUAUAUUGUGAAGACAUAUGAAAACAUCAUAAAAGAGAAAAAGCUGUGCAUGUACCACCCUGGGUUAGUGUUCUCUGGGUCCAGAACAGCUUCCUGUGCUUCAGGAUAACUGCAAGGGCAGGCUGUGAGCAUGUGCACAAUCACUCCCUGUGUGUGUUAGCUGACGUUCUGUAAGUUCACACCACAGCUCAGCUCAUAGUAACUUGUUUGUGUUCAGGUACCUUAAAACCAUCGUCCAAGCCAGUGAAAACAUUGCAGUUCUGCAGAGACAAAACACCAGCUGUGUAACUUGCUGGCUUGCAGCAAAUCUCCCACACCAUCUUGCAGUUGGGCAAGCCCAAGUGCUCCCCUCACUGCAGGUGUCCUCCCCUGGUAUCUGCAACAACAGCUACAGGCAAGAGCUACCCAUGUGAGAGGUGCCUGGGGAAAUCUUACAGCUUGUUCAGAAAAGAAAAUUAGAUUUAAUUAUAAAUAGCUGAAAUAAAUUCAUUAUCUCAGAUUUAAUGGGGUUUUUUUCCUUUUAAUUUCUAGGAAGAGUGGAGAUUUUUGCAUGUUGUACAUGCUUUUCAUGAGUUCUUUAUUUCAUUAAUGUAAAAUUGGUUUUGUAAUACAAACAUGACUGUUGUUUCUCUUUAGAAUGUGUGCAGUUUUAAAAAAUAUUUGAGUAUGUCACUUGCAGCCUUUGGAAGAAAAUAUUUAAAACACUGAAGCUUGUGGUCUGUUGGCAUGAUCAGUGUUGUCACUUGACAAACAGCUGGGACAUCAUUGUUUCACUUUACAAGGUCAAUUUUGGAAAGCCUAGGCAUUUCAACCUGUGUUAUGUCUGUAUCUUCUAAACUGCUUAAUAUAUCUAGCUUUUAACCAAUACCAAAGUGAUUCUGUAUAACUGAAAGGCUAAAUCCAGGAGAAUUAUUUUAUUGGAGCAAUGAAAUUAAGUGUUGUAACUGUAAAAUUAUUUAGUGUCUGCAUCUUAGUAGUGGAGACCAGUCAUAGAUAUUAGACUGAAAUCCAGCCUAUUGAGAAGCAAGAGAGGGAAGAAGAGCUCUGACAGUCUGGUUUUGCUCAGUUGUUCAUGAUGAGCUAUUUAACACUUACCAUGUUGUCUGACAGUUAAGUCACCAGGAGUUCCUUGAGACAAGACUGUAACAGCAGAGCAUCGUAUUCUGCAGUGAAGUGUACAGGAGUGCAUUUAAUCUUUGUUUUCUGAAGGCUAAAGCCUGAUUUUACUUUCUUAGAACUUUAUCUGUAAAGCCUUCUAAAAAAAUCGUGUAUCAUAACACCAUGUAAAAUACCUUAAAACAGAUUAAUGUUCAAUAAAAUAACCUGGCUUUCUUUUUUGUAAAA